AUGCGUUUUGCAUUGCAUGUUAUUUUUGUGUAUCAGUUAUUUCAAGAACAAUUUCAGGUGGACAGUUGCGCAUUGAGCUUAGCUGAACCAAUUCGUUUGCUACUAGUUGAUCAAGGUAUAAAUUUUAUUGACGAUCGCAUAAAUAAAAGUGACUGGCCUAUCAUAAAAUCACAUUUCCAAUUCGAACAACUACCUUGUCUUUACGAUGGUGAUCAGCAAAUUGUCCAAUCCGGUGCAAUCCUGAGACAUCUUGCUCGCAAACACGAUUUGAAUGGUGGAAAUGAACUGGAAACAACAUAUAUUGAUAUGUUUUAUGAAGGCCUUCGUGAUCUCCAUUCCAAAUAUACAAAAAUAAUUUAUCAGACUUAUGACACUGAAAAGGAUUCCUAUACAAAAGAUGUAUUGCCAGUAGAAUUGACGAAAUUUGAGAGGUUGCUUGCUACACGAGACAAUGGAAAAAACUUCAUUUUGGGAGACAAGAUUUCAUUCGCAGAUUUCGUCCUUUUCGAGGAGGUUGACAUUCAUCAAAUCCUCGAUCCGCACUGUUUGGAUAAAUUUCCACUCUUGAAGGCUUAUCGUCAACGAAUGGAAGACAGACCAAGACUUAAGGAGUACUACGAACAGCGUAAUGCAGCAAAGAUACCAGUAAAUGGAAAUGGGAAACAGUGA